CGAAAAUGAUAUUAUAUAGAUUACUCGUAUAAGCAGCGUACUUUUAAAAUCUUUCUAAUAAACAUGACGUCAUGGUUAUCGCCAUCUUUAUCUUGUGUCAUGUACUGUUGUCGUCGUAAAGUGUACUCGUCAUCGGACUAAAGUUGGACGUAUCUGUCAUUAUUUAUUCAUAAAUUUUAUUUCUUUCUUCGAGUUUUUACAUUUAUUCCAGAAAAUAUGGACGGCAGUAGUAAUUCCAGAGAUGUGGAAGCGGGUGGUCAAAGAAACUCACAGCAGGGAGGUUCCACGAAAAAGUUGCAACAGACCCAAGCAACCGUGGACGAAGUUGUGGGCAUCAUGAAGGUAAACGUGGAGAAGGUAUUGGAGAGAGAUCAGAAAUUGUCAGAGUUGGAGAAUCGUGCAGAUGCUUUGAAACAAGGAGCCACGCAAUUUGAACAGCAGGCAGGCAAAUUGAAAAGAAAGUAUUGGUGGAAGAAUCUUAAAAUGAUGAUCAUCAUUGGCAUCAUCUGUGUCAUCAUCUUGAUUAUCAUCAUUGCUUCAGUCGUACCAGGAUCGUCGGAUAAUGACACUCCUAACUAAAAGCAUUGAACCAAAAGUGGUAUAAUAUUCAGGGGUUGUUAAUUUAUGUCCUAAAAAGUUAACUAUGGUAAAGUAAGUGCUGGGCAUACAAAGUUAAACAUAAUGUGGUUAAUUAUUAAUGAUCUGCGAUACAUAUUUAAAAGAAUUGUCUAUGAAACGCACAAAAAAUGAAACUAUAUUUUUGAGACUUAAACUUAUUCGAAAACGCACAAAUAUUAGACAAAUUGCAGUAUUAAUACGGGUGGCCUUUUGUAAACCAUAAAUGGACAAUACAUUUCAUAAUGUUAUCUUGUUGGAAUACUUAUUGUACAUUUAUUAAUGAUAUACAUAAUAUAUAAUAUAA